UGACAUUAAAGUCCAAUCUUGCAAACAAUUUAUCCAGCGGUGGACCUCAUAUGAAGCUUGCGAACCCAGCAUCCAAAACAUGGACAUAGGUAGGGAGGUAGAAAACUAAAACACAUUCCUGCAUCUCAUCUUCAUUCUCUGAGUGAGUUCGCUUGGUUACACAAAAGUAGAAAAAUCAAGCUACUAUUCUUGAUGGAUGCUUUGUGGGACGUGGAAGACAAAUUGAAGCUUUCAACACGAGGUGCUAUCCUCCUACUAGCGUGUGCAAGCUUUGCAGUUUUGAGUAUUUGCGCUGUCAUUAUUAUGCUUAAACUGAUGAUGGCAUGCAAGAAUAACAAGAUUGUUCACGAAGAGAGUGCUGUACAUGAAAAUGUGACUGAGCUGAAGACUACAACAACUAUAAGAUGGACAGAGUCACAGCAUUGUGGGUGGAUUUCGGUGAAGAGAGUGCUGAUGGGGUCAGUGGUGUGGAGCAGGGCAAGCAAAUGGGAGGAGAGGCAGAGGGGAUCACCACUACUGCUUGGUGUUGAUGAAAGUGGAUGGCAAAGUCAUAACUCAGCAUCAGCAGUGUGGCAAAGACCGAUCCUAAAAGGGGAGAAGUGUGAGCUACCAAGUUUCAGUGGACUCAUUCUCUAUGAUGAGAAGGGAAGACUGCUUCGUGAUUCUCAUGAGAUCCAAAACAAUGGCAACCAGACUCCCAUACAGGAAAAAAUAAAUUCUACAGGGAGCAAGACCCUUAAAGAUUUGCUAUCGUAGUAAUUGUGUUAUUCAAUGUAACAGUUUUUUGUAAGAUACGAGGACGGACAAAAUUACAGAAAUUAAGGCAGUCGAAUAAUAAGUUGAUUUAGCUAGUUUAACUUUGUUCCAUAAUACGUGCUGAUGUAAUUUUCUUCUCGCGUGUAUAUAUAUAGAUAUAUAUGCCAUCCUCAUUAAAGACAACAAAAACAACAUUUUUCAAUGUAAGUUGUUUAUUUAAACAAAGUUUAAAAAAUACUUUAAAAAACAUGGGUUAAUAAU